CGUUACGUCACAUGACCGUCGCUUCCGUAUAAACGGCGCGCGGAGCGUGUUUGUUUUUCGUUCCCCGUGAUUCCCCAUACCGAAAAGAGCUGUCUGCCGUUGUUCGAAGAGGAGACAUUGGGCACGUUCACCUGAUCGAAUGUCCUAGGGCGUUUUUAGAAUGUAUCAAUCUGUUAUAUUUUUGGCUUGGGCCCUGUCCGUAUCAGCUCUUGACAAUGGCCUAAUGUUGACUCCACCCAUGGGCUGGUUGGCAUGGGAACGAUACCGCUGCGACAUUGACUGUGAGAAUGAUCCUAAAAACUGUAUCAGUGAAAAACUCUUUAUGGACAUGGCGGACAGACUCUCGGAGGAUGGCUGGAAGGAACUGGGAUAUGUUUAUGUCAACAUUGAUGAUUGCUGGUCAUCAAUGCAGAGAGACAAAGAUGGUCGACUUCAAGCUGACCCCAAAAGAUUUCCAGGGGGCAUCAAAAAGUUGGCCAACUAUUUGCAUGAGAGGGACCUCAAGUUGGGGAUUUAUGGAGACAUGGGCACUCACACCUGUGGAGGAUAUCCUGGAACCACACUGGACAAAAUUGAACUAGAUGCUCAAACAUUUGCAGACUGGGAAGUAGAUAUGUUCAAAUUUGAUGGUUGCUAUUCCAAUUCUACAGAGCAGGAAAAGGGUUAUCCACUCAUGUCUAAAGCACUAAAUGCCACUGGUCGCCCCAUUGGUUACUCCUGCAGUUGGCCAGCUUAUCAGGGUGGUCUGCCUCCCAAGGUGAACUACACACAGUUGGGUGAGAUCUGCAACUUGUGGCGUAACUAUGGUGACAUCGAGGACUCUUGGGACAGUGUGAUAGCAAUUGUGGAUUGGUUCUUUGAAAACCAGGAAGUUUUAAUACCUGCAGCAGGUCCCGGAAGAUGGAAUGACCCUGAUAUGUUGAUUAUCGGAGACUUUGGCCUCAGCCUGGAACAGUCUCGCUCUCAGAUGGCUCUGUGGGCUAUAAUGGCCGCUCCUCUGUUUAUGUCCAAUGACCUGCGUACCCUCAGCAGCAGCGCCCGAGCCAUCCUCCAGAACAAAAUGAUCAUCAGCAUCAACCAAGACCCUCUGGGCAUUCAAGGGCAACGCAUUGUAAAGGAAAAGAGUGGCAUCCAAAUCUUCUGGCGUCCUCUCUCCAAAAAUACCAGUGCUUUGUUAUUUUUCAGUCGGCGUUCUGACAUGCCUUAUCGUUACAAAACAUCACUCAGCAAACUCAAUUACACUACAGGAAGUUACAAGGUCACUGACGUUUACACAUAUGAGACGACUGUGCUGAAGGACUCCUCUGAGUUUGUGGUGUCCGUGAAUCCCUCUGGUGUUGUCAUGUGGUACGUCUCUGCACCCGCAAAACUCAACUCGCGUCUCUACUUCAGAGGUGGCCAUGUCCAAGACUUUGCAAAUGAAGACAACAACAAUGAUAUACCAUAUUUACUCUAAGUGCACUUUUAAUUUGGUGAGAAUUGAACUCAGCAUAUGGUAUCAAAAACAAAAUGAAGAAAUCACUGUUUUCUGAUAUUUUUCCACUUCUCCAAUUUUAUUUUAGUUUUAAAAAUUGCACAGCCAGCAUUGUAUCCCACUGGAACAUUUUGACAUACUGAUUUUUAUAAUGUGUAUACAUUUUAUGGAAAUUGCUAACAGAGGUUUGUAAAUAUAUAUUUUGUUAUUGUCUUAUGAAUAAAUCUGAUUAUUGUGGAAGUGCC